AUAUGUAACGACGAGAUGGCAAGGAAACCAAAGGUGUGCAUUAUAGGUGCAGAGAGCUGGGGCUCUGCAAUUUCGACUGCCGUUUGUAAAAAUGCACUCAAUGGGGAAUUCGAUAAGCGAGUGCACAUUUAUGUUUACGAUGAGCUCGUGAGGAGCAGUUACCUCUCCGAGGUGAUGAACGAGCGUCACGAAAAUAUUAAAUAUCUGCCGGGAAUCAAGCUAGACGAGAACUUGAUUGCUGUCAAUGAUCUAGUAGAAGCUGCCAAGGAAGCAGAUAUUUUGAUAUUUGCCACUUCGCAUAGCUUUUUAAAACCAUACUGUAAUAUAUUAGCGGGCAAGAUGAAAAGUAGUGCCUACGCAGUAUCAAUGAUCAAGGGACUCGAUCAUAUAAGGGAUGGUGAAAUCGAUCUCUACUCGCAUGCCAUAUCCAACCAAUUGAAAAUUCCAUGCUAUUCAAUUAUGAGUGCCAACAGUGCCAUGGAAAUGGCACAGGGAAAAUUGUGUGAAAUAACAAUUGGUUGCAACAAUGAGGCACAUGCUCAGCAAUUGACCAAUCUGUUCCAGACCGAGAACUGCAAAGUGUUUAGCAUCGAUGAUGUCGAUGGAGUCGAACUCUGCAAUACCCUAAAGGAUUUGGUGGCCCUAAGUGCCGGAUUUAUUGACGGCUUGCGACUGGGAGACAAUGCUCGGGUCGCUUGUCUUCAUUUGGGCUUAAAGGAAAUGAUGCGAUUCAUUAAGGCUUUUAAUCCGACUACUAAGCUGUCCACAUUUUUCGAAAGCUGCGGUGUUGCAAAUUCUGUGGCUUCCUCCUACGCUGAUAAAAACGUAACUUUUGCCAAAAGCUUUGUCACAUCGCGGAAGACUGUACAAGAAAUCGAAGCAAAUCUUUUGAAUGGGCGUAAAUUGCUUGGUCCCGUAAUUGCUGGCGAAAUUUACGCCUACUUGGAAAAGGCCAAGCUGCAUAACGAGUACCCACUUUUCUCGAUCUUGCAUCGAAUCUGCCAGAAUGAAGUACCACCGGAAGCCAUUGUAGAUACCCUGCGUAAUCACCCGGAUUUCAGCAAUUGCUCCAUUACUCGAUUGCAAAAAGAAGAGUAUACGAUACCCAUUUCUGACACAGAAAGCGUACUUGAGAACUUGGCCGAUACAGUUCCUGAACAUAGCCCUAUUUCGUUAGAUAAUGUGAUUUCUAAGCACUCUGUUGCUAAUCCAUUUAAUAGCUUCAAUGAGGAUGAGGAGUUACUUGAGCCAUUUCAGCAAUAUUUUCGAAUACCAAAUACCAACAUGGAGUUGACAGAGUUUUUUGAAAAGUGUCAAAAAUCUAGCAUGACAGCAAUCGCAUCUAUAGAUGAUUCCAAUCCUAAUGAUGGCAACGUGGAGUAUUCUUUCGAAAUUGAAUCGGCGGGUGAAAAACCAGAAAUCUAUCUUAAGCUUAAGGACAUUACGACAAAUUCGAUAACAGAUGAGAGUAAAGCUCCGUGGAUUGAUCAAGAACAGGACGCAGAUUCGAAUUUGUGCAAUGCUGUGGGUUCUUCCAAUUUUACAACAGAAUUUCAGUUCCCAAAAGGCAGUGAAUUCUUAUCGGUGAAAGGUCAACCUGAAGAGCGAAUGGCCACAAAUAAAUCAAAAGAUGGAAAUUCAUCGCCUUUAGUCGGUCUGACCAAUAUUAUUGAACGGCAUAUGAGACCCUAUAAUGAGAAAUUCAAGGCAUUAAAGGUUCGGGUUAAGGUUGAGAAUGACAAGAACAAAAAAACAUCAUCAAAGAAGGCUGAUUUAGAGUCCAAAUCGGAACCAAUUGAACCACAUGAAGAAAUCCCCGGGAAAAAGCAGAACGUACCAAAUAUAUAUGCAAAGGAGGAAGUACUUUAUGAUAGGGAUUCUACAACUAACACCCGUGAUCCCAAUGUAAUGAAGCUUAUAGACAUGAUAAAAAUUAAGGAAAAUAAAACAGUAGAGGAAGAACUGAUUGGGCAGUCACAAGUUGGAAACGAUCAUUCAAAGCACAAUAAGAAUGAGUCAGCCAAAAUGAUUGAUCAAACAAAUGAAAAUGUUUUUCCCAUUAAUCAAGGUGGCUACACGGUCGAUUAUCUGAAAGUAGUUCGUAGUAGUUCCAAAAAAGAGGAGCCUAUCUCAGAGUUGCAGGACGGCGAAAGCUCAGAUACUCCAAGAAUUAAUAAAGCAGAUGCAGUUCCCUUGCAAUACUCAAUGACGGACAAUUCCUAUGGUCCGGCAGAGACCGAUCUGGAGACGGAGAAUCUCAGCCAGGAUGAGUUAAAAUCUAAUCUGGAUCAGUCGCAAAAAGAGGAAAUGAAGAAUAUGUUUUUGGCACUUACAUUGAAGCCAACAGCCUCUGAAAGCAUUGACAAUAAGGCUCCAGAAGUGCUUCAUUCUGAUCGGGAGAAUAAAGAGACUCAAGGAGAAUUGCCUACAAAUGAUCAAGCUAGUUUUGAAGAUCAGCAAAAGCUUAAAUUGGCACAGGAGUAUCUGGAUGAGCAAGUGACAUUUAUCAAUAAUCUUAUGAUGGAAGCCGCUUCUUCAGAAGCCUUCAACAAAGAAUCUUCGAAUCAACUCGUUGACAACGAGUCUAAGAAAGAAUCGAUAUUGCCUUGUUCAAAAUUAGAAGAUCCAAACUUUUGGCUUGAAUAUCCAAAAAAUGUGGAAAAGAAUGAUAUAUUAUUAGAGCACGAAGAAUCCAGUAGCAAUGAUAGGAAGCGACAAAUUGAUAAUAAAUCCAGCAUUAACAAUAAGCAAAGUUUAUUGGGCUUUAAAGAAAAGCAAGACUAUCUACAAAAAGAAGAGGCGAUUCUGGACGGCGACAAGUACGAAAGCAACAGCUGGAAAAGGCUUCAGGAUAAGCAAGAAGACGACGAUCAUCACCAUAAAUUAUUAACAUUAGAAUAUUUGGAAAAGCAGAAGACUCCACUAGAUACGGAUAAAAGCAAAGCUUUUUCCAGUCCUAGCGACGAUUUCGAAAAAUUACUUGGUCAUGCAAAUCGAAGCGGUGAUGAGGGAAUUGAAGGAAAGUCAAAGCUGAUUGAAGAUCAACAUUCGUUGGCUUUGGUUAAAAAGAAUCCAUUUCAUAGUCCUGAAGAUCCAAACCUGCGAUAUUAUCAUGGCAAAAAUGAUGGUGAACAGGGACCAGAAUGGGAUUGGUUGCUCGACAGCGAAAAAUUUGAUGAUAUUUCCGAGAAGCCAUCGAAACAGAAGACAUUUUCGAGAGCGAAGAGCAUAAAUGAAAACCAAGAUCAAGAUCUUGCGAGUCACAGCUAUCAACCUUCAGCAGUUUUCAGUCAGGACCAGGACCAGAACCAGGCUGGUAUUCAGAAGACCUCUAAAAAGAAGUCGAAAUCGUUGAAACGAAGAGAAGCAGUCGAGGAGGAAGCCUUGAGACAGGAUCAAACUCAACCCGUGUCGGCUACUCUGUCUUCUUCUGUGCCCUCUUUGUCAAUAGACUCGGAGAAGUCUUUACAGCCUAAAGGCGAGGAGCAAGGCGAUGUUCCUCAGCAGGAGUUAAAUCCAGGCAUUAACUCUUCAUACCAUUUACAGUUUUCUGAAGAACCAAUCGAAAAACCUUUGGAUAAACAAGUUUCUUCCGAAUCACAUGCUGAAGAAACUGAAGAAAUGCCACAAAAGUAUUUCAAAAACAAUAUGAAAGAAACACCAACGUCAGAUCUAACAUUUUUUGAGUUGAAUUCUGAAACAAGCGACGAAAUUUUACGAAAAGAUUUCAAGAACAAUUUUAUUGAAGCACCAACAUCAGAACCAGCUGUUUCUGAAGAUACCAAAGAAAUUUCACAAAAAGGUUUUAAAAACAAAAUGAUUAAAACAUCAAAGUCAGAACCAACAGCUUCUGAAAUAAGUACUGAAGAAACUGAAGAGAUUUUACGAAAAGAUUUCAAGAGCAAUAUAAUAGAUCCAACAGUUUCUGAAUUAUAUGCUGAAGAAAUCCAAGAAGGAGGUUACAAAAAGAAAAUGAUGAAAGCUCCCAAUUCAGACCCAACAGAUCACGAGUUGAAUGUAGAAGAAAUUGAUGAAAUUCCACAAGAGGAUCACAAGAAAAAAUUGAUUAUAAAACCAACCUCAGGCCAAAUAGCUUCCGAUUUAAAUGCGGAAGAGACCGAUGAAAUUGCACUAGAGGACUUUCUGAAAAAGACCAUAGAAAACUCAAAAGAUUCAGAGUUAACUGUUGAGGAAAUGCUGCUCGAAGAGGAACCGUAUAAAGCGAUACUCGAUGAAGAUGCGAAAAUCAGUUCCUCGAAUGAAAGAGAAUUCAUGGAACAAGAUGAAGAGAAGUACGAGCUGAGACCUGAAACUGAGGAUGAUUUGAAUAAACAGCUAAAUACUUUGAUGACCAAGGGACAGACUAAGGAACGUCCGGUGAACUAUAAAGGCAUUAAUCCUUAUAUUAAUGACUUGAGCAUACUUCCCGAGACGUCAGAUAUUACAAAGAGCAAUGAGAGCGAGCGUCGAACGCGUAAGAAAACCGCGUUUAGACCGUCAUUCCAUCCUCCGAUCAAUCCUCGUGUCCGUAUACCACGUCCCCCCUUCGAUGUGCGAGAUCAUGAGUAUCAUACUGUCAACUAUCGUCCUCCUCCAGAUCUAAUGCGCCAUGCAACGCUCCCGCUGCGUCGAAAGCCAGUUGCCUAUCAUCAAUCCAAGCACGUGUCCGCUGCCAGCAAUGUGGUCAAGCUGCCGCGUCCAGUAAUGACAUUGCCUGCAUCCGUAAUGCGCUCCUCCGUUCUGGCCGUUGAGGUGGGACUUUUUGCCGCUUUCUUCACGCGCUACAGAGGCGGCUGCAAGUAACUUUAAAUCAGGCAGCAAUUAACUUAAAUUCAUUUGAGCUUCUUAUACCCAUCUACUACAUCUGUCAUUUUUCCGGUAAUAAAGUCGUUACAAAUUGAA